UGCUCAUCCUCCACUUGCAUCAGCACCAUUUCUGGCAUCCUUGUUAAGCGCACACACACACGCGCGCGCGCAGAGACUACCUACAUCAUAGGAGCGUAGAGGCGUCAGACUGCUGCCAAACCACCCCGAUACACACAGUCCAGAAGGCCGAACCACAGCGCCAGAAGCAGCUGAAGAGGAAGCCGUCAUCACUGGGCAUACGGCCACAGCUAGUCUACUCUUAGUGAUGGAGAGCCUGCUGGAUAAUCCAAUGAAAGCCGUUCUCUACCUGAAGGAGCUGACCACCAUCGUCCAGAACCAGCAGAGUCUGAUCCAGACGCAGCGCCAACGCAUCGACGAGCUCGAGCGGAAAGUGGAGGAUCUGAUCGGGGAGAACCGACAGCUGCGGGACCCGCAUCUCUACGUCCAGCAGCCCUCCCAACAUCUCCACCAUCACCACCAUCAUCAUCCAACUCACCGUAGCGCCAGUCCCCAAGCGCCGGCCCACCUCCAUCAGCACCCGGGGAGCAGCACCAAAGCUGCGGCUCACCUCAGCCAGCAGGCGCAGCAGCCGCCUCAGCAGCAGCAGCAGCAGGUUUCCAGUCAGGCGGCCCAGCCUCAGCAGCUCCAGACUCCUCCUGCGCCGGCUUCUCACCACCCACAGCAGCUGCAGCUCGUGCCCACCUCGCCACAGUCGCCUAAAGUGAGUCAAGCCGGUUCGGACCCCGCUGAGGAGGACAAGAGGAGCGCCUGCUGCAAGUCUCUCGUUCCGCAGACCCCCUCCACCCUCUGCCGCUCGGUGGGGCUCGCCAGGAAAGCAGACAACCCAACAGUGCUUCACCAGUUCUGCUGCCCCGCCCCAGACGCCCCUGAGGGGGAGACCUCCUCUGCUUGUGUCCCCAGCGAUGAACUCUCUCCAGACUCACCUAUGGGGAAGGAAGGGCAGGGAGGUGAGGGGGAGCUGCAGGGUGAGAUCCAGUCACAGCUACAACCAGAACCUCAACCACAGGCCCAACAACAGGAGCAGCAAGAAACGCAGCCACAUUUUCCACCAUCAGAGCCUCAAUCUGAACCCGAACCUGAACCACAGAUUCUUCCCCAGCAGCAGCCUGAAGUCAAACCCCAGUCAGAGCCAGAACCUCAGCUGGAGCCAGAAGUGGAGCCUGUGAGCGAAGUGCUGCCUCAGGACCCCCCAGAAACCCCUUUGCCGUGCAGUGAGGAGCAGACAGGAGCGGAGAAGGAGAAUCAAAAGUCAGAAGAAGUUGUCGAGGCAGAGGCAAAGCAAGAAGAGAGGGGUGAGUUGCAGGGGAAGAGCUGCAAGGGCAAGGCAGCACAGGAGGAAGAGGAUGAAGAGGAGGGAGCAGCGAAAGGAGGUGGUGCAGGGAGGAGGGCCAGCCUACAUCACACAGCCUCGCCCUUGAGGGUGCAGCGCAACGGCGCCGGCUCGCACUCCGCCUCCUCUGACUAUGAGCUCUCGCUUGACCUCAAAAACAAGCAGAUCGAAAUGUUAGAGCACAAAUACGGCGGCCACCUCAUCUCCCGCCGUGCUGCCUGCAAGAUCCAGACUGCCUUCCGCCAGUACCAGCUCAGCAAGAACUUUGAGAAGAUCCGCAAUUCGCUUCUGGAGAGCCGCCUGCCACGACGAAUCUCCCUGCGCAAGGUCCGUGUGCAAAAUACCGAGGGUUUCUCUGCUGAACGGGCACUGGCAGAAGGCUGUAACCUGGCAGGAAUCCCACUGGUGCGUUCACCAUCUCUGCCUGCCACGGUCGGGAGCUCCCUGACCGACCUGGAAGACUCGUUCACCGAACAGGUCCAGUCACUUGCAAAGUCCAUAGAUGACGCACUCAGCAAUUGGAGUUUCAAGACCAUGUGUUCGCUGCAAGAAGGCGGCACGUAUCAGUUCAGUGCUGACUCGUUCAAUGCAGCAGCAACAGCUGGAGUCGGAGUUGGAGGAGGUGGAGAAGGAGGCGGUGUGGGACAGGGGACGAUUCAACAAGGCCAGGUGGAUCCAAGUGACCUGUCAAGGAGUGCGAGUAAGCUGAUGAUGGCGUUUCGGGAUGUGACGGUGCAGAUUGACAGCCAGAACUUCAGAGUUUCAUCCUCAGUCAUGGAAUCAUCUUCAGUCACCCUCGGAAGCUGCAGCCAACAAGAAGGGGCCUCUUCUACUGUAACAACCACUUCCACAACAUCUAACUCCUCACCAGCCUCUGUCUCACAUCAACAACCUCCUCCUCUACCUCCAGAGGCCCUGAGUGAACCCAUAGCUUCGCUGCCACCACCGCCACAAGCACCUCCACCACAGCCAGAGGGAGAAUUAUCAGAAGGUGAGCAGGACAUUGAAUUUCCUGCUCCACCUCCAAGUGAAGAGGAGCUGCUGGAUGAGGAACAACCUCCUCUGACACCUCUGGAUAAAAUGGCCAACUCUCAAAAUCUGGAGCAACCUCCUCCUCCUCCUCCUUCAGCAGAACCCAUUCACAUCCCACCGCCAAAGGAAGCUGUACUGUUGGGGAGCUCACCGGUGGUGGAACCUCUAGAUGUGAAGAGAUGUGGUUCAGAGACGGUGGACAACAGCUCCGAACAGAUGAGCAGCAGCAGUGCAUCGACGGAGGCACGCUCGACUUCUGAAGCCUCAUCCAAGGAGGCACUGCAGGCCAUGAUCCUCAGCCUUCCACGCUACCACUGUGAGAACCCAGCCAGCUGUAAGUCACCAACGCUGUCCACGGACGUCAUGCGAAAACGCCUUUACCGGAUUGGCCUCAACCUCUUCAAUCUAAACCCAGACAAAGGCCUUCAGUUCCUGAUCUCACGUGGCUUCAUCCCAGACACGCCCAUCGGUGUGGCACACUUCCUGCUUCAGAGGAAGGGCCUGAGCCGACAGAUGAUUGGAGAAUUCCUGGGAAACAGCAAAAAGCCUUUCAACAGAGACGUCCUAGACUGUGUCGUGGAUGAGAUGGACUUCUCAGGUAUGGAGCUGGAUGAAGCACUCAGGAAGUUUCAGGCUCACAUUCGUGUCCAGGGAGAAGCCCAGAAGGUGGAACGUCUUAUUGAGGCCUUCAGCCAGCGCUACUGCAUGUGCAACCCCGAUGUGGUGCAGCAGUUUCACAAUCCAGAUACCAUCUUCAUCCUGGCAUUCGCCAUCAUCCUGCUCAACACCGACAUGUACAGCCCCAACAUCAAGCCAGACCGCAAGAUGAUGCUGGAGGACUUCAUACGCAACCUGCGAGGUGUGGACGAUGGUGCAGACAUACCCAAAGACAUGGUGGUGGGCAUCUACGAAAGAAUACAACAGAGAGAGUUGCGCUCCAAUGAAGACCAUGUCACUUACGUCUCCAAGGUUGAGCAGUCCAUCGUCGGCAUGAAAACGGUCCUCUCUGUCCCUCACAGAAGACUGGUGUGCUGCAGUCGACUUUUUGAAGUGACAGAUGUCAAUAAGGCCCAAAAACAAGCAGCACACCAGAGAGAAGUCUUCCUGUUCAACGAUCUACUCGUGAUCUUGAAGCUUUGUCCAAAGAAGAAGAGUUCUGCAGCCUACACUUUCUGCAAAGCCAUGGGGUUGCUUGGCAUGCAGUUCCACCUUUAUGAAAAUGAAUACUACCCUCACGGAAUCACAAUCCUCUCCCCGUAUGGCUCAGAGAAGAAGCAGGUUCUCCACUUCUGUGCCCAAAGUUCUGAGGAACUGCUGAAGUUUGUAGAAGACCUAAAGGAAUCCAUUGCAGAGGUGUCGGAGAUGGAGCAGAUACGCAUCGAGUGGGAGCUGGAAAAGCAGCAAGGAGCCAAAACGCACUCAGUUAAGAGCAACGGCACACAGCUAGAGCAGCGCAGCAAACAGGGCUCCCUACCAGGAAAUCAGGAGGUAAAUGACGGAAGUGGACACAAUGCAGCAGAGGUGUCAAUUCACAACAGGCUUCAGACGUGCCAGCUCAGCAACAGCAACACGGCUCGGAGCGCAAAGAGCGUGGCCCUUCUUAACAACCGUGGGGAGCUGCUGAUCCAGCAGGGGCCCCAGGGGUUAGCACAGGGGCCAGCACCUCCUCUUCCUCAGCACCCGCAGCUGCAGUCAGCAGCCAGCACCCCCGCCCACCAUGUCCCCCUCCUGCAACCCGCUGCCAGCAUGGUCGAUCUGCGGCCCGAGACGCUCAUCCAGUGUCAGCAGAUUGUCAAAGUCUUCAUGCUUGACAAUGGCAGCCAUGGAAGAAUGGAGGCCUUCCUCAGCCAAACGCCCACCCACCACCAUUACCAGCACCACCACCACCACAGUCUCCAGCAGCUCAGUCAGUCUGCCAUGUCCACGCCUGUCCGCUCACCAGACGGCUCCCAUGAUGGCCACCAGCCCCCGCUGCCUCCCCCACCCCCACCCUACAACCACCCGCACCAGUAUAUACCUCCGGACCCGCGUCUCGCAUUGCACCGGACUGCGAGCGGCUCACGGAGCAUGGUGUAAAUAAAUCACAGCUCAAACUUUCACGUUAGCUUCCCUUCAAAACCUUUUACAUCAUGUAAAUAUGAUAUAUAAACACAGAUGAAAGAGCUAUAAUGGAAAAAAUCCACUUGUAUGCAUUUAAAGAAAAGAUCAACUAAAAGCAUAAAGGUUUUAAAAGAAGUUAGAAGAAAUAAAGUGCAAAUAUAAGGUUUUACUUGACUCCUCAUGUAUUUUGAAAUAUUAUGUAGUUUUAACAAAUUUCUAUAACUUGUUCUCAGUUUUAUCUCUCGCUAGAGAAAAACUACAGAUACAGUUUUCAGUUCUUGAACUCCCUGAGACUUUUUAGAAAAUUUCCAGUGGUGGAUGGAUGAAUGCGCUCCAACGACCCUUCGCUUCUGUUUGAUUUUCUUAUCCGAAACCUCUUGCCUCCUGUGCUGUCUGUUCACCUGUGUCUAUCCGACACUCAACGGAAAACGUGCCAAAAAUACUUAUGUCGCCACUGAACAAUGACUUAUUUGCACUUGACUGAAAGCUAGGGCUGAAAAAAAACCCACAACCAUUUGUUUUGAGAUAGUCAUUCUUUCAGGCCUUUCCCUUCAGGGGCUGAAAAAAUAAAUAGCAAAAGAAAGCUAUCUAGCUAUUUGCGCAGUUGAUGAUUUAUUUAUGUGGUAGAGGGUCUUCUUUCCUCUCCUCUGCUCCUCUAGAUGAAAAAAUAAAUAAAAACAAGGAAAAUGGCUUCCUGCAGUCAGCUAUGUUUUCUACCCACUCUUCUUUUGUGUUGUGGCUCUGUAUCAUCUGAGAAAACACUCACUCAGCUGUCACCCGGGUUUUAUUCUACAGGGAAGAACAACAGAUGCAUAUAACACAUAAAGAUUAAGGAUGUUUUCUACUGACUGAGAGGAAUGUGCUUCUUGCAUUGAAGUUGCUUGACUGUUGUAACUGUUUGAUCCCAUUCAGCAUUCACGUGUAAUAAAUGUACAACUCACUGUGCUGUCAUCUGCACUUUGUCAAAUGUGACUUUCAGGAAAUCCCACACGAAUUCACUCAAACGCUUCCGCUGCAGCUGCUUAAUGUUAAACUCUGUUUGUCUGGAUUUUCCUGUGUGUGUGUGUGUGUGUGUGUGUGUGUGUGUGUGUGUGUGUGUGUGUGUGUGUGUGUGUGUGUGUGUGUGUGUGUGUGUGUGUGUGUGUGUGUGUGUGUGUGUGUGUGUGUAAGUCCACUUCAAAACUCCCUUUUUGUUUUGGAUCUUUGUGACUGUUUUCUCCGUUCUACCCUUUCACACUGACAUUUUCAAAAAGGCAAAGUCAAAAUAAAAAACCUACACAUGGCUUUUAUUGCAAAUGCUGACAUUAAUGGUAUUCUUUGUGCUGUCGGCUAUCCUGCUAUUUAAAGAAUGGGACAAAAAAUGCACUAUCUGAUCUCUUUCUGUUGCACCUGAGCUGAGAUUGUAAAUACCAAACGCGAACCGCGUCAGAAAGGACAAGCAAAUUGCUACCACCCUGUCAGAUGUCCAUGCUGAAAUAGGUCAGCAUCUACCCCACCUGGUACUUUGGAAAAAGUCAUCAGUUAACCCCACUUCCUUCUGACCUCCAUAUAUCUGAUUUGUUGAUUUAUUAUCACACAGCCAAUGAGGGAAGCUCUCUAUCUUAUCAUUCUAUUCUUUAAGCUUGGUUUAUGCUUGACGCGUCCGCGAGGUUCGCACAUCUCCGCACGGCAAAAUUGCGUCAUUUUAACAACCACGCCCCUCCACCGUGCCUCCGCACGGCCCAAACUUUCCGCACCGCUCACCUAGGAAAUGUUCUAACCACGCGGACGGUCGGACGUGGAAAAGCAUGGCGGACUGGCAAGAACUAGUAUGGCAGAGGUUCGUAAAUACAGACAUUUGUAUGAUUCAGCUCUCAAAGAUCACCGUGAUCAACAUGUAGUUAAUAAAUCUUGGAGAGAAAUAGCUCGCACUGUCGGAAAAGACGAGGACGCUGUUAAAAAAAUGCUGGAAUGCCAUGUUGUAAACAACAGUAAUUUUUACUUCUACCAUGGUGUAGUGUUGGAUGCAUGCCAUAGAGCUCCAUGCUGCCCCCUACAGUUUGGGAGAAUAUUGGCUCACCGCAGAGAAGAGCCGCAUGAACCAUAAACGCUGCGAGUUGUGAAGCGCGUUCCAUCCGCGAGCCGCAUCACCAAGCGGAAAGUAAAUGCGUCAAGCAUAAACCAAGCUUUACCUGCCACCUGUGAAGAAGCAGGCUUGUGUCAUGGUAGGCAGAGAUGAACGUAUACGACCUGCUCACAAAUCAACAUCCUCCCAGCCAUGUUCAUUCCACUGAUUACAUUUGUUGUUGCGUAACACAAUGAAAGGAUUUAACGGUUUUAAAAGGGUUAGGGUUAGGGUUAGGGUGAUUAGUUUAAUAUUUAUGCUAGCUAGGAACAUACUUUUAGGGUUAUUUAAUCAAUUUUAGCAGAUGAAAUUGAGUUAUAAUAUCAUGGAUGAUGCAUUAAUUGAUGAUUGUAAUGUUGCUCACUUGUUUUUCUUGUUUUUUAAACAACUUUAAAAUAUGUUGUGAUGAAUAAUUUUUUUCAUGCAUGACAUCAGUUUGAAAAUGUAUGGAAUGUUUGGGCAUGGAUGAUACGUCUGAGAAAAUGAAGAUUUGUUUUUCUUUCUUUCUUUUUUUUAUUAUCUCAAAUUUCUGUUUUGCAAGUGUUUCAGUGCCUCGUUUCCACGCACUCACAUUAUUUUGUCUCUCUGUUUAUCGUAGCACAGUUUGAACAAUGUGUUUUUAAAGAGGACAUAUGUGAUGCGCGUGCAGGGAACAUGAGACACACCAAUCGGAUGGAUUUGGGAGGAAAUCGAUGUAGCAUUUUGGAAGUGUAGCUAAAUGUUAAAGAAACUUUCAUGAAGAAAUGAACAAAAAGGGCUCUGCCGUACCAGCCCCAUCAUCUCGUUGGGUUUUCCAACACUGUGCUUGCUCAUACUCGUACAGAAAGAUAAUGAAAUAGUCGACACGUUUAAGGAUAAACAGGUGGAAACUGAGUGUCACCAUCUCUUUUCCUCGGUUGGCUUUCAACCCCUCUCUACUUCUCUUUAUAGUAUAUCAACAUGCAAUUAAAGAUGAUUUAAGGGAAAACACUGAAUUUUCUGCCUGAGUUAUUGGACACAACUGUUUUUCAGCUUUUUGACUGGGUCGUACAGAAAGAUGUGUCAAAAUCAUCAUAGUGGAAUUCAAAGGAAUAAAGAGAACAGUUUAAAUAAAUUA